AAUACCGGAAAAUCUGCGCGUUAUUCCUUCGGAGAUCGAGAUGACCAAAUUAUCCCGUAGAGAAAAAAAAUUUUGUGACUCAAAGAAGAAGCAAGAUGAUGGAAACAGAAUCGUCAAAUUCCGCUGUGAUUUCUCUUCGACGCUGCUCGAGGUGAUGUUGGCAAGAGGUUGGACCCAGUCGAUUCCGAAGAUAUCAGCUGGCAUUUGUGGUGGUGCGAUACGGGCGAUGUGCUACGGCAGGUCUUGGAUGGUGAUCGGAAAAAACUGCGUCCUCAUCAGCGCGUACCGCAUUUCCGCAACCACUAUGAGCUCACGCGUAAGAACUACUUGUGCCGUAAUCUCAAACGCUAUAAAAAGGCCCUUACAAGGGCUGGAAAAAUGGAUGAGGCUCGUAUCUGCGAAGCCAUGCCUGUGACUUUCGAGCUGCCCAGCGAUUAUCGAAUGUUCGUCGAAGAGUAUCACAAGUAGAAUCACUUAUCCAUGAU